CAGCUAGCUGAGCUGAGGCCAGCCUAUCUAUCUACCGGCCCCAACUAUCAUCUGCCAACUUUUAAUACGCGCUGCCGUAGCAAGAAGAAGAAGAAGAUGAGGAAGAGGAGGACGGACGCUGCAUGUCACCGUGCCAGGCCAUGUGCCGCGGCCCAACAUGGCACGUUCUCCCCUCCAGUUCACUUCUCUCUCUGCUCACACACACUAGCCUAGCCAGUGUACUAGUGUUGUAGUGUACCCACCUCGCUUAUAAAUACCCGGUUCCGCACUACGGCCACACAAACCAACACCCCCACUCAUCUCACUUCACUCUCUUUCUCUUCUCUUCACUUCACCACCGCCACCUCUCUCAUCGGAUCCCUGCAGAGGAGGAGAGGGCAGUGGCGGCGAAAGGCGACAUGGGCUCGCUGUCCUCUCUCGCCGCCGCGGCGGUGUUUCUCUCCCUCCUCGCCGUCGGCCACUGCGCCGCCGCCGACUUCAACGCCACCGACGCCGACGCCGACUUCGCCGGCAACGGCGUGGACUUCAACUCCAGCGACGCCGCCGUCUACUGGGGCCCCUGGACCAAGGCCAGGGCCACCUGGUACGGCCAGCCCAACGGCGCCGGCCCCGACGACAACGGCGGCGCGUGCGGGUUCAAGCACACCAACCAGUACCCGUUCAUGUCGAUGACCUCCUGCGGCAACCAGCCAUUGUUCAAGGACGGCAAGGGAUGCGGCUCUUGCUACAAGAUCAGAUGCACCAAGGACCAGUCGUGCUCCGGCAGGUCGGAGACGGUGAUCAUCACCGACAUGAACUACUACCCGGUGGCUCCGUUCCACUUCGACCUCAGCGGCACGGCGUUCGGCAGGCUCGCCAAGCCUGGCCUCAACGACAAGCUGCGCCACUCCGGCAUCAUCGACAUCGAGUUCACCAGGGUGCCAUGCGAGUUCCCGGGGCUCAAGAUCGGGUUCCACGUGGAGGAGUACUCGAACCCUGUGUACUUCGCGGUGCUGGUGGAGUACGAGGACGGCGACGGCGACGUGGUGCAGGUGGACCUGAUGGAGUCGAAGACGGCGCACGGGCCGCCGACGGGGAGGUGGACGCCGAUGAGGGAGUCGUGGGGCUCCAUCUGGAGGCUGGACACCAACCACAGGCUCCAGGCCCCCUUCUCCAUCCGCAUCCGCAACGAGUCCGGCAAGACGCUCGUCGCCAACAACGUCAUCCCGGCCAACUGGAGGCCCAACACAUUCUACCGCUCCUUCGUCCAGUACAGCUGAACCGCCGCUCGCCGGCGGCGACCCUCGGCGCCGGCAUCGCCGCCGCUGCUGCUGCUAGUAAUACUACUACUGCUAUGAUGUAAUUGUGUUACCGGUUGGGUUCUUUGAGUUUGUUGGGGUUGGGGAUUGUGUGGUCGGUCUGUGUUGCGAUUUGCAGAAACCGGGCGAGCGAAAGAAGAAAAAAAAAGCUGUGUGGGAAAUGGAGGAGGUAGGCGUACAAGGUUACGCUCUCCCGCCCACUCUCGCUUUUAUAAUUUAUCAUUUUCAAAUGGUGAUGAUAUGAUGAUUAAUCAAAAGGAUUAUAUUGCUACUUAAA